AUGGGUAUUUUAACUCUGGAACCCCACCCCCGUUUGGCCGCCCCAGAUUCUCCUCCCGGGCUGGUUAGCCCAUCUUCAUCAUCCUACUCCUCCAGACCGUCUCCUCCUGCAGAGAAGCUUUGGAACGCCAAAUUCGGACCAGUAUCUCCUCCAAUGUCGAACUAUGAACAAAGCCCGGCCGCCGACAUGGCAAACAAGAGCAUGGCAGAGCUCCCGAGCCGCAGAGAUUCAUCACAAAGCGGUCCUCGCCUGUCACUCCCCCCACUGAGCAGCAUCCUUGGGCCUGCGGCCGGGCCGUUGCACUCUCCGUUGUCUGACAGGCCUACCGGGUAUCCAGCUACAUCUCCUCUGGAUCGGCCGCGUCUCCCUCCAUCUCAUGGCGAUCGUCCGUACGGGGGUUCCUACUUCCCACCGCAGUCUUCUCCGGCAAUCUCUCAGCCGAGGAGCACUUAUGACAACAGAUACGAUCAUGACCGGCAGGCGUUGCGAGGCUUGUCUCAAUCUAACUCAGGGCCGGGGUCGCCUCGUUAUCGCGAGACGGAGCACAUGCGUCAGGAUUCCAGAACCGACGUUGGGUUGGGAGGCAGGUGGUCGAUACAUCAAGAAACAGGCAGACACGAGUACUCUUUGGUGUCAAGAGAAGCAUCUCAACCACAGCUUCCGGGUCCCUACGACAGACCGUCGUACCAGUAUCCUCCAUCCAAGGACUCUGGGCUUUCUUACCGAGACCAACGACCUCCGUCAGGAUCAGGUCCGAUGCAGUCACAACCCCUUACAAGUGCCGCGAACUCGGACGGAAUUCCUUCGAAGGAUGGUCUUGGGCCCAAGAUUUGGACCGGAACACACUUCUUGCCGCGUUUUGUGCGGGCUGCCGAAGUUCCAGGUGAAGGCUUGUGUUUCUUCUACGACGACGGGAGCCACUGCAAGACCAUCAUCGACGGCGAGCAAGUCAAUGCACACUGGGGUGUAACAAAGGCAGGGAAGCCGAGGAAGCGGCUCGCGAUCGCGUGUGUUACGUGCAGAGAGAAGAAGAUCAAGUGCGAUCCCGACUUCCCUCGGUGCGUCCAGUGCGAGAAGUUUGGCCGGGUUUGCAAGUUCAAGAACGCACCUCGAGGUGGCCACAACACGUCUCCGUCGACAGCUGCGGCCGAGCCAGAAGAUGUCCGGCGAAUGGGAGGUCCUGCCAGUGAGAUGCACCGACCUGGUAGCAACUCCAGCGCAUCGGUUUCUCCCCGGACGACCUUGCGCCAGCCUAGUCCAGAGCCUCCAAUGUCUCACAAGAGGAUGAGGUUGGACUUUGAUUCAUACCCGUCCAUGGCAAGCGAGCCGCCGUCGCUGAAUCGCACCCCCGAGGCGCCCAGGGCAAGCCUCUCCUGGCAGCAUCGCCAGCCUUAUGAGCUUCCUCCCAUCCAAGACCACCUGCUCAACCGAGCAUGGCAAUCAGAUCCGUAUGUGUCCGACCCUGAAUCAAUUAGCACCUCAAUCUCCUCCUUCUUCGUACACACCGACAGCACCAUGGCCCUUCGUUUUUUGCCCGAGACAGCGUUCAAAUCCUGGGUGACCGGUAAUGCUUAUAUCAAGUCUCCAGGAGACCUGAUGCUCAUCUAUAGCAUCCUCGCCGUCGGCGUGGCCUUGUCAGGAGGACCCAAGAACAUGGCCAACGAAUACGCCCAGAUCGCCCACUACGCGCAGCACCGAGCUGCUUGCAGCCUUCAGCUCGCGCAGGCUCGUCUGCUUCUUGCGCUGUACUACCUGUCACUCUCUAGGCUGAACGAUGCGAACGAGUUGAUCAGCGGAGCCAUAUCAGCAUCGAUCGAUCUGCAGCUAAACCUCGAACUUGAAAAGUCGAUCGAGGCGGACCUGACAGACUUCCCUUAUGGCUUGCAAAGAGAUGGAUAUUCAGAGAGCCGAAGACGAACUUAUUGGGCAUGCUUCGUGCUGGAACGACUCAGCGGCGUGUUUCCCAAUCGGCUGAGCAUUCUGAACGUCAAAGACAUCUUCAUCCGACUUCCAUGCGAAAAUGAACUGUUCGAACGCCAAGAAGAAUCCGACGCUUCCUUUUUCGCAGCAGCGAUGGCUCUGUCAUCUAAAGCCGUCAUUCGGCCAUUGGGUAUCUUUGCCUACCUAGUACAGCUUGUGACCAUCUGGGGUGAGGCUAUGUCGGAACUCUACAGGGCUGCCCAAAGCCAAGAAUCAGACUACGACGCCCCGGGCUUCAUUAACACCGUGAUGGAGAAGUUCAUCGGAUGGCGCGAGUCCCUGCCCGAGCGCUUCGCUUACAGUUCGGGCAAUAUGGCCCUGGCUGCACAGGAUGGCACUCUCAGCACAUUCCUCACGAUCCACCUGGUAUAUCUCCACGGGCUCAUAAAGAUCCAUCGACACGCCCGGACAGAGUUGAUCGCUGCCUCGGUACGGCUACAAUACGGAACGCGUAUCCAUGAGGAAGCAAUGCGGGUUCUGGACAUCACGGGCAUGUUGGAAGUGCUGCUCCAGGCCCGCCGAGCUCCCAUCAGUGCGCCGCCUCCUUUCAUGAGCUACGUCAUCCUCGAGGCUACUGACAUCCUCACGGCGGAGGGGUCCUUGGCGGAUGUCUCGGUCAUUCUGGAUCGGCUCGCGGUCGCAAGCGCGAUUGUCGAUGCUGCGGGAAUGGUAUGGGAAGAGGCUCGGGCCCAUCAAUCGGCCAUGGAACAGAGGCUUGAUGCACUACGUGCUCUGCGUGAUCUUCAGCCCAGCGACGCGCCCCUCGCCGGUAGCAGGGUGUUUGACCACGACGAGAGCAAGGAUAGCAAGCUGCCUGCGGGGAGGUGCUGGCAGAUAGACGAUCCAAUGGACACAACAUUUCCUCGAAGGAUGGAUCUCGUAUACAUUCGAAGCUGA